GAAUGACACAUGUCAUUUUCAUGUUUUUGUUAUUGAGGCGCGUAUUUUGUUCUAGCAUAAAUUUAUGUGUCGUAGAGUGCCAUUAAUAUCGGAAAAGCGUUCUGAAAUAAAAAAUCAUUUGGGUAAAUUAUUCAAUUAAAUCGAAACCGUACGAAAUGGAUGUGAGUGAUAAAAUGGAUAGAAAAGGCGAAAUUAAAGUGCCAAAAUUGGAUUCAAAUUGCAAACAACGAAGUGUGACAUCAUCACGAUUGGGUCGAGCUGUACAAUUUACUAGUUUAUUUGCCGGAUUAACAUUGGGCACCGCAAGUGAAUAUACAAAAAGUUUAUUUGGCUGGAGCGAUGCAACUGACAUGCAAUCGGCGAUGCUGAGCCCGCAAAAUAUGGAACGUAUCGUUGAUAAAUUGUGUCAGUUGCGUGGUGCUGCGUUAAAAUUGGGUCAAGUUAUAAGCAUGCAAGAUCCCAAAACAAUAUCACCACAACUGAUUGAGAUAUUUGAUCGUGUACGUCAAUCGGCUGACUACAUGCCUGAUUCGCAGGUGAUGAAAAUCAUGUGUGAUCAAUUCGGCAAUGAAUGGCAAACAAAAUUCAAAGCAUUUGAUGACAAACCAUUUGCAGCAGCUAGCAUUGGGCAAGUUCAUUGUGGUAUUCUACACAAUGACGUUGAUGUUGCGAUUAAAAUCCAAUAUUUAGAUAUUUCAAAAAGUAUUGAAAGUGAUCUAAACAAUUUGAUUGGAAUGUUAAGAUUUUUUAAUCUAUUUCCACCGGGCGCUUUUAUCGAUGACGUCAUUGAAAAAUUAAAACGCGAAUUGGCGUGGGAGGUGGACUACUUACGCGAAGGCGACUUUCAAACAAAGUACCGCGAUCUGAUUGUUGCACAUCAUGAGUUUUAUGUGCCGAAAGUAUAUGACGAAUUAACCACAACCUGUGUGCUCACAACCGAAUUGGUGUCUGGCAUAACCGUUGAUAAAUGCUUCGAACUUGAUUAUGAACAUCGUCAAUUCAUCGGCAUGUCACUGUUGAAACUAGUAUUUAUUGAAUUAUUCGAAAUGAAAUGCAUGCAACCCGAUUCAAAUUGGUCAAACUAUCUUUACGAGCAAAAAUCAAAAAGAAUUAUGCUGCUUGAUUUUGGGGCGUCGCGAUUCUAUAGUGAUGAAUUCAUCAACAAUUACAAAGAAUUUCUUCGUGCAUCGGUUGCUGACGAUCGCGACAAAUUGUACGAAUUGUUAAUUAAAAUGAAAUUCUUGACUGAAGACGAUAGUGAGGUGUUGGUUGAAGCUCAUAUGAAUGCAGCUAUGAUGUUUGGUGAAAUAUUUCGUAAUGAUGGUGAUUUUGAUUUUGGCGAAGAAAAUUUAUCCGAACGACUUUCGGUUGAAGUAGCAAAGAUGAUUGAACAACGAAUGAGCCCACCACCAGAAGAGGUGUAUUCAAUUAAUCGCAAAAUAUCUGGAAUCGUUUCUUUGUGCUCAAAAUUAAAUAUAAAAAUCAAUUGUCGCCAAAUUUACAAUGAAAUUAUUGAACGUACAUAACAUUUGGACAGAAUAUCAUGAAAUGAAUUUAAGUUGUGAGACUAUGUUAAGGAACUAAUUUAAACAUAACAAAAGCUCAAUAUCACUAACAGACUGUACUUACUUCAGACAAUCAGGGGAUUUUUGGUUUUAAAAUUAUAGAUAAAAAUGUAUUCUAGCUUAACACUUUUUUUGAUUCAAAUACGAAUAUAAAGAUAAUGUCGAGCUCAGAGAU